CAGAGUGAAUGACUGAGCUGCGUGCGGUUGCGUGACAUUGUGACAGGACGAAACUCAUCAGAAACGGAACGGCUCGGAUUCGCGUCUGCAGGUGAAGCGGGAAUCAGAGGGACGGGACGUGGGGAUCCGGAGACGCGUCACGGCUGGUUGGCAUCUUUACGCACGGAGGAGCUGCGCGGCGCACCGCUCACUUUCAGCGAGGUUACAAAACAGUUCAGCCACUCUGCAGCCAGCGUGUGAAGAUCAGCCUGACUGACCUACAUCCCCGGAGUUUAUUUUUUUUUUGUUUGUUUUUUUUUUUGUUUUUUUUUCCCCCUCAAAUUUUAGAAGAAUGUUUUCACCUUAAAGGCGUGAAACAACAAUUAACUGUGAGCAGCGCAGGUGGAUUUCCUCCCGCAUGAUGUACACAAUCACAAGAGGUCCCAGCAAACUGGUCACGCAGAGGAGAACAGGACCCACUCAGCAGCUGGAGAGCAAAAUCAAUGACUUCAAGCACAAGCAGACGUCCUGGAACAUGCCGGACCUUCCUGCACCCAAGAUCGUUUUCAACCGUCUGAACGGGAAGAAGCACCAGCAGGCCGCUCAGGCGCUCCCCGCAGACGGCGGCCAUGAAGAGGCUUUCUCCCCGGAGCACGAGGAAAACGUGAAGUUCAUCUCUGAGGCCUGGCAGGAGGUGCUUCAGGCGGAGGAAGGUCGAGGAGAGCAGGACUCCCAGACGGCAGUUUACUACAAAGAAACGUCUGCUGGGCCACACAUGGACAGCUUUGUGCCCAUAGAUCUGGACGAGUGGUGGGCCCAGCGCUUCUUGGCCAACAUCGACAAGCGGUCCUGAUGUUUCAGACUGGAUUGGAUGCUGUUUGCCAGUCGGGAGGUGAA